CCGAGGCGGCCCGACACCGGAGACUCCUUUCCCGGUGCCAGCCGGCCCCGCCCUCCUGUCUCCCGGGCCAAUCGGGCUGGGAGCGCGCUAGCCUGCCUCCCCGAAUCCUCCAAUCGCAGGCGUCAUUCUCCGCCCGCCAAUCCCGGCCAGACAGGUGCGAAGCCCGACGCGACGGGGGCCAAUCCGCAGCAGGUCCGGGCCGGGACUCUCGGCCAAUGACACGGCGGCCUGGGAGCGUCGAGUGACGUGCGUCCCCGCCAAUCGCAAGUGCGAGCUUCGGGCUCUUCCUGGCGGCGCGCCUAUUAGAGCGCGCGCUCCUCAGCGGCUCGGCCAAUCCAGAGGAGAAUCGCUUGGUCCCUGCCCUCCCGAAGAGUUGGGAAUGUCCUACAAACCCAUCGCUCCAGCGCCGAGCAGCACCACCGGCUCCAGCACGCAGGGGCCCGGCACUCCCAUCCCGUCCGCCACCAGCGUCCCCUCCCCUUCGGGCUCAGUUCCUGGAGCCGCCGCCCCCUUCCGCCCCCUCUUCAAUGACUUUGGGCCGCCUUCCAUGGGCUACGUGCAGACUAUGAAGCCCCCCGGCUCCCAGGGCUCCCAGAGCACCUACACAGACCUGCUGUCCGUCAUCGAAGAGAUGGGCAAGGAGAUCCGGCCCACCUAUGCCGGCAGCAAGAGCGCCAUGGAGCGGCUGAAGCGAGGCAUCAUCCAUGCCCGGGCACUGGUCAGAGAAUGCCUGGCAGAGACAGAGCGCAACGCCCGCACGUAACGGCGUGCCGUCCCCUCUCUCCCUAUGGACCUUCCCACCUAUUUGCAUCACCUUUUGGAGCAGAACCCCUCCCCUCGUGCCCUUCUUCUCUUCCUGACCUCCUCCUGUCCUGUGACCUCCAGCCACACAGGGUGGCGUGGGAGAAACGAUCCAGCGCCCGGCAAAAGCAGCAGAGCCGAUGCCUCGGCCUCACUGGGCCUUGGAGAGUCCUUGGCCCGGCCCCACCUCCAGCCCAGCUCUGUACUGACCUUCGGCCCCCGUCCCUCCCUGUCCCACGCUGGAUCUCCUCCCUCCUCUGCCUGGGGCCUCCCUGGCACCCACCACCGUCCAGCCCUGCCUCUGGGCUGCUCAAGGUGGUGCCUUUUCUCAGCGUCUUUUACUAAAAUGCUCUUUUUCUAUAAAUAAAAGGAGAUUUGGAGUUGU